CCACAUAAACCAUACAUAUGCAAAGGUGUAAAAAAAUGUUUCAAGAUGACCAAAGCACAUUGCUAACACAAUUUCACAAAGAUCCAAACUUUAUAACUAAAAACCAUAUCAUAAAAUGAAUCAUCAUUUAUUAUCCACAUUAGUACAAUGUCACUCAUCUCGGCGGUUACACUUCACCACACUAGCUGCCUAAAUCUCCCAUCUUCAAUCUCUCUCCGCCUAUCGCCGCCGCAACCUCCGCCAAUCAACUCCUACUUUCUCUCUCCUCCCAAUAACCUCUAAAACUUCAAUCCCCAAAAUUCAAAUUCCCAGAAAAAAACAAUGAUUCUCUCUCCUGCAAAUCUCUCACAAACACCUCCAUCUUCAUCCACCCAUUUUCUCUCUCCUCCAACCUUCAACAAACCCCCAAACUCCAUCUUCUUCCCUUCAAAACAAACCCCACUUCAAAUUCUCUCUCCUCCUCUUCAAUGUCACAGUCCCCAUUCUUCUCUCUCCUCCGACAUCGAUAUGGUUCAGACCCGAGAUGGGGUUUUCGCCCCGAACCAAACGAAGGUGGUUGUUUUGUGGGAUUUGGAUAACAAACCCCCUCGUGGGCCCCCCUACGACGCGGCCGUGUCGCUGAGAACGCUCGCCGCACGGUUUGGCGAGGUGGUCGACAUCUCCGCUUAUGCUAAUCGGCACGCCUUCUCGCAUCUUCCUGCACGGGUCAUCGAGGAGCGCCGUGCAAGGCGGCAGAUGGAUUUUCUUGAGCGCAAAGGUAUGAUCACCCCAUCUCAGCCUUAUGUUUGUAGUGUAUGUGGUAGAAAGUGUAAGACUAAUUUAGAUUUGAAGAAGCAUUUUAGGCAAUUACAUGAGAGGGAAAGGCAGAAGAAAUUGAGUAGGAUGAAACAAUUGAAGGGUAAGAAGAGGCAGAAGUUUAAGGAGAGGUAUUUAGAGAAGAAUUCUAAGUUUGAGGAGGCUGCUAGAACUUUGAUUACGCCUAAAGUUGGGUAUGGUUUAGCUAAGGAGUUGCGGCGAGCUGGGGUGUUUGUCAAGACUGUGGAGGAUAAGCCGCAGGCGGCGGAUUGGGCAUUGAAGAGGCAGAUGAUGCAUUCAAUGAGUAGAGGGGUGGAUUGGUUGUUCUUGGUUUCGGAUGAUUCGGAUUUUCGGGAUAUGUUGAGGAAGGCAGGGGAGGCGAAUUUGGGGACCGUGGUUGUGGGGGAUAGGAAUGGGGUGUUGGGAAUGCAGGCUGAUUUGUGGGUUCCGUGGGGCGGGGUGGAGAAGGGUGAGGUGAGUGAGAAGGAUUUGGUGCCUAGGAGGAAGGAAGUGGGUGAUUGGGGUGAUGGAUUGUUCUCAAUUUCGGAGUUUGAUGAGGGUGUUGAAGGUGGGAGUGACUUGGAUCAGAUUGUGGAUGAGCUUGGUAUCCCGGGUGGGAAGUUGAGUGCUGGGAGUGGGAGGUUCUCGGCUUUUUCUGAGGGCGAAGAAGAUGAGGAGGAGUGGAUGUAUGAUGAUGAUUAUGAUACUGAUGAUGAUGAUGAGGACGACUAUAACUUUUAAGACAAUUGUUGGAGGAAGGCAGAUGAUGAAAUUCCACUGAUUGCAGCUGCCACUGCAGCUUUGCUGUGUGUAUAGGCACUUAGGCAGGACCAAAAAUUAUGAAGGCCUUGAUUGUGGAUUGUCUGAUCUCAUAUGUACUUACUGAAAUUGGAUUAUUUGUUCUUACUGAGAUUGGAUUAUUUGUUUCGAUUAUGAAGAACUUCAAUAUUUAUCUCCCUGAGAUUGAGCACAUAAGUUCCCAACUUCUCCUACAAAGGAGGUGUGAUCAAGGCUUCAAGUUUGAAUCAUAGAAAAUGGCUUCAGUUUGUUUGUUGGCAUCAAUUUUAUGUCUUUUCCGGCAAAAGACUUGUUUAGAAGGCAAUUACUGUAGGAUACUUGGUAAAAUGUUCCCUUCAUCUAUGUGCAUUAUGUAUAUGACAAAUUGUUUUGGGUCUUAUUGUUUUGGUCUGACCCAUAUUCAUUUCAAUUCCAUAUAUAUAACUUAUGCAAAUAUUGCUUCGAUGUCCUUUCUCUGGUGUGCAUAUUCCAAUUGCCUACUGCAACUUGUGCUUUGAUAUCGGUUGCAAGGUAAAAUUGAACUGAACAUACUCUAUAUUCAGAAUUUCAUGAUUGUUUCACCAAUGUUGUUGACCUUGUUGUCAUUGACGAGAAAUUUAGAAUGAAAGAGAAGAGGUGUUAUGGACUAUUCUUUUGGAGCUUUGAUGAUACACAGCAAACUCUACUAUCUCCGGUAGCUUGGUGUUUUGGUUUAGGAUCUUUUUCACAGAGCAAUUAUUGGCGUAAGGUCUGCAAGGAUAGCAUAGGGGAAAAAUGAGUUGUUUUUAAUUGUAACACCCAACCAAAAUAUGUAGCCUUUUCUAGAUUAUCAGCCUCUUGCUUUUCACCGUGACCUUAAAUUGUUUUUGUUAAUAAAAAAAACUAUUUUGUAUACAACAAAAUCAGUCAAAAGCUUUUCCCUAUGUACCUCGGUGCACUAUCUUUUUUCAGUUACUGCUGAAAGCCUGAGAUUGCCCAGGACAUGACGGAACUCACUGCUAGCUUCAGUUUCAGCAGUUUGUGUAUUGUUGGGUUUUUAUUUCCUUGCUAUCUUGGCAUUAUUCUGAUACUCUGUUGCACAUUGCAUGUGAAUGAGUGAAUAAUCUCAGUAUCUGUUCGUGCUUUGAGAACCUAAUACUUCGUAUGUAUAUGUUUCUGUUUGCACUUUGCUAUCGUAGAUGAUUUCGAAACAGGAUAUGCAAUUUUGGUUAUGAUAACCUUAAGUUGCUCAUAAGAAUGAUAAAAUGUGCCACAAAGAUUUAACUAACAGAGAAACAGGACCUUGAAACCCUUGCAAGUUAUAGCUGCAAAACAAGCAUGGGCUUAUCUUAUAUUGUGUUCCUUGUGUGAUCAUAGCUGGGCUUUAUCCGUAAAUCAUACUGUAAGAAAAGGUAUGUCCUCUGUAAAGUAGUAUAAACCUCCAAAUAAUUUGAAAGCCUUGUUAAAGUACAAUAUCAUUCUCCUUGUAAGAUUUAUGCUGCUUAUGCAUGAAUUGUUAACAUGUGAAGACUCAAAGAACAAGCUUUCUUGUGUGCAGUUUUUCCUGCAGAUAAUUGUUUAUGGCAGUCUAUUGGCAGAUAUUUGGACUUAUCAAGAUUGAAGAAUUUUAAAGCAACUCAAGACUAUAGUGAGUUAGUGACCACUAAUAACUUCAUGCUGUGUCAUACGAGGCAAAGGUGGAUAAAAUGGCUGGUUACUCUCCUUGUUGUAUUGGGAGAUUCCUGUAAGCCGUCUUCAUUUCAGAAGGAGAGGGUAAAUCAUUGCAAGAUUACUCACUUCGAAAGCAGAGCGUUUUCAUGUCUACAAGGAUGUUUAACUGUUACGGUGAAUUUUAUUUUUAUUUUUAUAUUGAAUUAGUAGUCUAAUUUUGUUUAUAAUCUGCAUUCUUUGUUAGAUCUCCUGGCUUGAAAUUCAAAAAAAAUAAAAAAAAUAAAGAGAGAGAGAGAAAAGAGAUUAUAGAAUCUAUCUGGCAACAAAGUUAUGUUGAGAACAAUUCAACUAAGCUGCUACUGCACAGUGCACAUACUGUUUGUCUUUUGUGAACAAUUCAACCUCUCGAUAAUCUAUUAUCAAAUUCCUAUAGUCGACUCUAUUUUUUUAGUGUUGAAUGUUUAGAAGAGUUUUAUCAGAUACUUGUUGAUCGAUCAUCUCUGCGCAAAAGUAUAUUAGUUAGUCACUCUUUCUUUAUGACUUCUAAGAUCAGCUACUGCAAGACAAUACAAACAGGUUACUAACUCCUUAACAGUUCCAAACAGGACCUUGAAACUCGUUGCAAGUAAUAGCUGCUAAACAAACAGGGGCUUAUCUUAUGUUGCGUUCCGUUCCGUUCUGUUGUGUAAUCACAGCUGGGCUUUAUCCGUAAUUCAUACUGAAAGAAAAGAUAAUUGUUUAUGACAGUCUAUUGGCAGACAUUUGGACUUAUUAAGAUCUUGAAGAAUUUUAACAGCAGCUCAAGACUUUAGAGACCACUAUUAACUUCAUACACUAGUAACACUACUGUGUUAUACAAGGCGAAGGUGGAUCAAAUGGCCAGUUACUCUUGUGUGUUGGGAGAUUCCUGUAAGCUGUCUUUCAUUUCAGAAGGAGACGGGUUUUUGAAAGUUGAGUGUUUUCAUGUCUCAAGCAUGUUUAACUCUUAAGGCUUGCAGGUUUACAGGGAGCGUCUAAGCAUUUCAUGAGGAAUCAAGCCAGUUAAAUUCGCAAAUAUUAAUUUUGUAACAACUUUUUUUAAGUGCUGUAGUUUAUCCUCUCCUCUCUGAUACGGGUUUUACUAACCUGCUACUCCACUUACUGCUAGUCUUUUGUGAACGAUUCAACUUCUUGAUACAUCUAUUAUCAAAUUCCUAUAAUAGACUAUUUUUUUAGUGUUGAAUGUUUAGCAGAGGUAUACCAGAUAUUUGUUGAUCAAUCAUCUCUGCAGAAAAGUAUAACAGUUGGUCACUC